AAACAGAAGCAGAGACUGCACCACCUCCAGAACAAAAUAAACCUGAGGAAGAUGGAAAUGCACCUAACCAAGACGGGAACGUCAGUGAAAUGACAUCCUCUUCAGAAGAUGAAGAUGACACUUCAACUGCAGGUGGGACUAAUCGGUCAGGAGAGAGAAAGGACUCAGUAUGGUCUAUGGGAGAUGGCCCUCAGGAAGAAGGAGAUAAGCAAGACAAUUCACAGAAAUCCCUUUUAUUUGUUGAAAAACCAAAGGGUGGAACAAUUAGUGUCGGACAAAAUAUUACAUUUAUAGCAAAAGUUGAAGCCCAGGAUCUUCUCCGAAAGCCAACUGUUAAGUGGUUCAAAGGGAAAUGGAUGGACCUGGCAAGCAAAGUAGGGAAGCACCUUCAGCUAAAGGAGACAUUUGAGCGCCAAACCAAGAUGUACACAUUUGAGAUGCAAAUCAUUAAAGCUAAGGAAAACUAUGCAGGAAAUUAUAGGUGUGAAGUAACGUAUAAGGAUAAGGUUGAUAGUUGCUCUUUUGAUCUGGAAGUCCAUGAAACUUCAUCUGCACCAUCAAUCGAUAUCCGGUCUGCAUUCAAAAGAAGCGGUGAAGGACAAGAGGAUGCAGGAGAACUUGACUUUAGUGGUCUCCUGAAACGUAGGGAGGUUAAGCAACAGGAGCCUGAGGAGCCUGAUGUAGAUGUAUGGGAGAUCCUGAAGAGUGCAAGCCCCAAUGACUAUGAGAAAAUUGCCUUUCAGUAUGGAAUCACUGACCUGAGGGGCAUGCUGAAACGUCUGAAGCGCACCCGCAGGGAAGAAAAGAAAAGUGCAGCUUUUGCUAAGAUUCUGGAUCCUGCAUAUCAAGUGGAUAAAGGAGGUAGAGUAAGAUUUUCAGUGGAGCUGGCUGACCCAACGGUGGAACUCAAGUGGUAUAGAAAUGGGCAAGAAAUACGUCCAAGUGGAAAAUACAUAUUUGAGCACAAAGGUAAUGAGAGAAUCUUAUUUGUCAACAACUGCAUGCUCACAGAUGAUGCCCGCUAUCAUGUGACUGCUGGUGAUGAGAAAUGCUCUACAGAACUCUUUGUAAGAGAGCCCCCAGUGAUUGUGACCAAAGGCUUAGAAGAUACCAAAGCUUAUAUUGGUGACAAAAUAGAAUUAUCAGUUGAAGUGUCUGAAGAUGAUGCAAAUGUGAAAUGGUUUAAAAAUGGUGUAGAGCUGCCUCUUGAUAGUAAAUCUCGAUACAAAGUGAAGGUUGAGGGUAAAAAACACACUCUAAUCAUCGAGGAAGGAACCAAAGCCGACAAUGCAACUUAUUCAGUGAUGACAACGGGAGGACAAUCAUCUUGUAAACUAAAAGUUGACUUGAGGCCACUUAAGAUACUACAUCCGUUGGAAGACCAGACUGUGAGGCUUGGCAAAGAGCUCUCCCUGAAAUGUGAGAUCUCUGAGAACGUAGAAGGGAAGUGGUACAAAAAUGGGCAGCUUCUCCAACCCAGUGACCGCAUUAAGAUAUAUCACAAAGGAAGAAUCCAUCGGCUAAUUGUUGAUAAAUCACUCAUUGAGGAUGAUGGAGAGUACAUGUUUGUUCCAGAUGCCUAUAAUGUCAACAUCCCCUGCAAAGUGCAUAUUAUAGAUCCUCCUAAAAUCCACCUUGACGGGCUUGGUGAUGGCAAUACAGUGACAGUUGUAGCAGGAACCAAGUUACGUCUUGAAAUUCCUGUCUCUGGAGAGCCUGCUCCGAAGAUUAUGUGGAGCAGAGGAGACAAGUGGCUCAUGGAUCCUGCAGCCAGAAUACGGGCAGAUAAUUACCCAGACAGCAGUUGUUUGGUGAUUGAUUCAGCUGAGAGAGAUGACUCAGGUGUCUACAGAAUAAUGCUAAAGAAUGAGGCAGGAGAAGACACAGCCCACAUCAACAUCAAAGUGGUUGAUAUUCCUGACCCUCCUGCGGCACCCAAUGUGGUUGAAGUAGGAGAAGAUUGGUGCAUUAUGAACUGGGAACCUCCAGCAUAUGAUGGUGGGUCGCCUAUCUUAGGUUACUACAUUGAGAGGAAAAAGAAGCAAAGUUCCAGGUGGAUGAGGCUGAACUUUGACCUUAUUAAAGAAACAACUUUUGAGCCCAAAAAGAUGAUUGAAGGAGUUGCCUAUGAAGUCCGGGUGUUUGCUGUCAAUGCCAUAGGCACUUCGAAACCAAGCGAGCCCUCAAAGCCUUUUGUGCCUUUGGCUGUCACGAGUCCACCCACCUGCCUGGCAGUUGAUUCCGUAACAGAUACUACAGUUACCAUGAAAUGGCGGCCACCAGACCAAAUUGGAGCUGCAGGUUUAGAUGGCUAUAUUAUAGAGUAUUGCUUUGAAGGAAGUUCUCAGGAGUCCACUACAGAGGGCAAGGGAGACAGUGGUGGUGGUACAGAGCAAAAUAAUAGUGAGGAGACAGACGGGGGCUUGAUCAAGACUGAAGAGAAGACACCAAAACCCUCGGAAGAAUGGAUUGUGGCCAAUCCAGAACUCACAGACAAAACUAAAUUCACCAUCACUGGCCUGCCAACUGGAGCAAAAAUCUUUGUUCGAGUAAAAGCUGUGAAUGCUGCUGGUCCUAGUGAGCCUCGGAUGCAUCCACAGCCAAUUUUAGUCAAGGAAGUGAUAGAACCCCCGAAGAUUCGUCUGCCAAGACACUUAAAGCAAACAUACGUUCGAAGGGUUGGAGAAGCUGUGAAUCUUGUUAUUCCCUUCCAGGGAAGACCAAGACCUAAGGUCUCUUGGAAGAAAAAUGGAGCUCAUGUAGAUAAGAACCAAAUUAACAUCCGCAACAGUGAAAAUGACACAAUCAUCUUCAUCCGAAAGGCAGAGAGGAUCCACUCUGGGAAAUACGACAUGAAAGUCAAAGUAGACAAUCUGGUGGAUAGAGCCACAAUAGAGAUUCAAAUAGUUGAUCGUCCAGGCCCACCACAAAUUGUAAAAAUUGCAGAUGUCUGGGGAGAGAAUGUUGCUUUGGAAUGGCAGCCGCCCAAGGAUGAUGGCAAUGCAAACAUAACUGGGUACACAAUUCAAAAAGCUGACAAAAAAAGCAUGGAAUGGUUCACCGUCAUUGAACACUACCACCGGACCAGCGCUACCAUUACUGAACUUAUCAUUGGGAAUGAGUAUUUCUUCCGGAUCUUUGCUGAAAAUAUGUGUGGCCUCAGUGAGGAUGCAACAAGGACAACAGAGAGCGCUGUGAUUGCCAAGGAUGGGAAAGUCUACAAAAACCCAGUUUAUGAGGACUUCAAUUUCAAUGAACCACCAAUGUUUACCCAGCCUUUAGUUAAUACAUAUGCUGUGUCUGGUUACAAUGCAACUUUGAACUGCAGCGUCAGAGGAAAUCCCAAGCCCAAGAUAACAUGGAUGAAGAACAAAAUAGUUAUCAUGAAUGACCCCCGGUACAGAAUGUUUGGUAACCAGGGAGUUUGCACCUUGGAGAUCCGCAAGCCCAGCCCCUUUGAUGGUGGCACAUACACUUGCAAGGCUGUCAACAGUCUGGGUGAGGCAGAAGUUGAAUGCAAAUUGGAAGUUAAAGGUGGGGUCUCAUUCUUCAGACUACUAUUGCAAGGGGUGCCCCCACAUAUCAUUGACUCCUAUAUGAAAGCAUGCAACCCUGAGGAAAAGUAAAGAGCCUGGCCACAGUGUUUCUCCGCCACUGCACUGGAAACUGGCAGCCAGCACUGCAGCAGUUUAACUCCUACCAUGGCACUCCCACAGCAUGGCCCGCUGCAGUGCCCCUCCCCUCUUGCUGCUGUUGGAAAGAAAAUUCAUGCAUGGAUUGUUUUUUUCAAGUUGAAAUGUUGAAGUUGAAGCUUACCCACAUGUUUCUAUGAUCCACAUCAUUGUGUUUGUUUUAUUCUCUCUCUCUCUCUAAUGCUGAAAAGCAAAGAAAUGGGAAAAAAAGCUAUGCCAAUACGCAUGGGAGCUAAUAUUUGAGUUUGUACUUUAUAUGGCUAGAUAGAUUUUAUUUUUUGUGAGAAGCAGGUACUGCUAGACCCAGUGGCAGUGCAGUCAGGCCUUGAAACACAUACCUCUUUUGAUAAAUAAUGGAUCUAACACUUUCCUAGGCUGCUAAAAAUGGACUGUUUGGCACAUGUGAUUUGCAGCAUUUAAAAGUUAUUUCAGCGGAAUGUAUCUUCAGUUAGAAGGGUUUCUGUUCAGCUCACUCCUUUGUGAAUCUCUUGGCUACUAAAAGUUUCAUGUAAUGUACAAUAAAGCUGACGUGUUUAAGAGCUA